AUGAUGGUCAAAGAAAACUUCACGGAAAGUUCUUCUUAUUUGACUAACGGCAUACGAGGUCGUACCAACCCUAUAAAUUCAAAUAACACUGAGCAAGUUACAUUGGCUACCAGAUCCCAAAGAAAGGAUCGAGGGUGCAAGACAUCAGUCUCAAGGCUUGAAAACAAGCCUCCGGCUUUGGCAUUCCAUGGGAAAAGCAACAAACUCUUAAAAUACCAAUGGAAAUGGGACCAUGAAAGGGCUGUAUUAAAUACACAGAAUUUGUUGAUGGUUAGACUUCAAUCUAAGUGGAAAGGCCACACGAUCACGGUUCACCCGUUUGAUUGGGAAACAUUUAAGGCAAACGAAAAGAAUGGCCACAGGUUGCUCACACGCACCAUCAACUUCAUUAAGUACCGGGAUCAAUACGUCAAGGAUAAUCCCGAAGAUCUGAAGGACAUGGAUCAAAUUUGUGCAAGCUGGGAUGCCUCUCCAUGUGCCGGUGAUAAUCCAUACCGCGCAAAAGUUACGAUGGGAGACCCAAGACUAUUAGAUUACUCAUCUAGGUAUCGGCAAUUGCAAAGACAGAGAGAGAAGAAAAGGCAGCAUAUGCGGAGAACAAAGGAGAGACAAGAGAAGUCUGAGAAACUGUCAAUGAUUGAGGAUCAAAUUGAAGAACUCACUGAUAGAGUCAGUCGACAUCAGUUUUCCUGCGCGAGUUCCCCGUCAUCGAACCUCUGA